AUGUCCGGCCGUGCGCACGGUGAUCUGCCCAUUCGAGGCGGCCGUGGUGGUGGUGAUCGUGGCGGCUCCCGUGGCCGCGGCGAUGGAGGCUCGAGUAGCCGUGGCAGUGACCGUGGCGGGGGUCGUGGUGGACGUGGUGGGUCCGAACCGCCCUCCGGAAUGUUGACAGACCCGGUUGAAGCUCCCAGCGCCCGAGUCCAGGCCUUCGAGGACAAGUACGUCGCAGAGUCAGCUAAGGCUCGUCCAGAUCCCGGCUCUUUGGCCCGGCGUCCUGGCUACGGUACUCAAGGUCGUUCUACUGUACUUCGUGCCAAUUUCUUCCCCAUGGAGUUCAAGCCGAACAUCAAGUUCCAUUCCUACCGGCUUAAGAUCAGACCCGAGGCAAAGAAAGGGCAGCAAAAGUUCAUUCUUGACAGUAUGUUCCGAAAGUACCCUCUCUUCAACAAAGGAAUCGGCAUUGCCACUGAUGGGGCCACUGAGAUUGUUACGACCGAGCUACUUCCCAAUAAUCGAGAGCCAUUCAUUUGUUCCAUGGGCAACGGAAGUGGGCAUGGAAAUGGAACAUCGAAAGCCUACACCGGCCCUUGGGAGGCCACCUUGACCCUUGACAGCUCAUACUCCCCAGCUGAUCUGAUUGCGCGCCUUGAGGAUGUCAAUCACCGAGGGGAAAUUGAGAAUGAAGCUCCCUGUCUCCGAGUAAUGAACAUCCUUAUGAGUGCUUACCCCUACAAAGAUGGCGGUAUCGCCAUCAUCGGCAAGGGACGAAACAAAUUCUUCCGGAUGGACAAGCGAAAGCAGUCUAUGGACAUGAAGGGUGGUGCUGAAGCCGCUCGUGGUUACUACUCAAGUGUCCGUUGUGGUCCUGGACGAAUCCUGCUCAAUUUGAAUGUCAGUCACAGUGCAUUCUACUGUCCAGUUCUGUUGUCCGAUAUACUCCUUGGCUUUGUCCAAGUGCACGGAACCAACCGGGAAAUUAUGCACCGGUAUCUGAAGGGUGUAAAAAUCCACGCCUUGCACCUGGAAGCUCGAGAGAACGGAUUAGGAGUGAAGGAAAAACCCGUCAGAACGAUCCUCGGAGCUGCCACUCCUAUGGACGGAUGCAAUGACCUCCACCCCCCAAAAGUUGAACGCCUCGCAUCUAGUGCGGACAAUGUGCAGUUCUGGAUGGGAGAUGAGAAGAAGGGGAAAUACGUGACAGUUACUGAGUACUUCUUCAAAACUUACAACAAGGAACUCAAACAUCACGGUGAUAUGCCGAUCGUGAACGUUGGAACUCGUGAUCGUCCAAUUUACCUUCCUGCAGAGGUUUGCGAAGUCCUCCCCGGGCAACCCUUCAAGCCAGAGCCAUCCAUGAUCCAACGACAGAACAUGAUCAAGUUCAGUUGCCGUCGGCCUCCUCAAAACUAUGACUCCAUUAUGACCGAGGGAUUGAACAUCAUGGGAAUCGCUGAAGGACAUACCAAGGCGGUAGGGAUCAAGCCUGGCAAGGAGAUGAUCACUGUACCUGGUCGGAUUUUGAAUCCCCCAAAUCUGCUUUAUGGCGGCAAGAAGACCACUAACCCUCGAAAUGGCUCGUGGAAUUUGGUCGGCACCAAAUUCGCCCAGUGCGCCAGCAUCGGCAAAUGGACCUGUCUUUGGCUUCGGAAGCGCGGUGCUACUGACAAAGAGCGCCUCAAAAAUCCUGAUUCUGAGAUGGACGCAUUCUACAGGAAAUUGCGUGACCACGGCCUGUCGCUUCCGCCGCCCUCUAAACCGUAUCUCCAAGUCCUUCUCGGUGUGGAUGAUAGAGAAAAUCGAGGUUUGAUCAAGGAUGCAUUCAAAAAGAUCAUGAAAGAGUUUCCCUUCUUGGUUGUUUUGCUUCCUAGCACAGAAGGAAAAAUCUUUGAUUAUGUCAAGUAUGCCGGAGAUCUCAAGACUGGCGUCCUUACGCACUGCAUGCUAUCCGAUAAGUUCGCAGGUGCUAAUGAGCAGUAUUUGAGCAACAAUGCCAUGAAGGUCAAUCUCAAGAUGGGAGGAUGCAAUCAACUCCUGCAGCCGGCGAACGCACGCUUCAUUGCCGCAGCGAAGAACACCAUGGUCGUUGGCUUGGAUGUCACUCAUCCGUCGAGCACAGACCCCGAAGUCUUCCCCAGUGUUGCUGCCAUCGUUGCCUCCACUGAUUAUCGCAUGGGACAAUGGCCUGGUGAGGUUCGAGCCCAGACGCGCCGUCAGGAACACAUCGAAUUCCUCAAGGAGAUGAUGCUUACCCGGCUGGCCUUGUGGCAAAAGAACAACAAUGGAAGCUUGCCCCAGAACAUUCUCGUGUACCGCGACGGUGUUAGCGACGGCCAAUUCAACAUGGUCCUUACUGAGGAACUUCCAAAGGUUCAAGCUGCUGCCAAAGCGGUAUACCGUGGAACCAUGCCCAACAUCAGUAUCAUUGUUUGUGGAAAGCGCCACAAUGUACGCUUCUACCCUACCAAUGCCAAGGACCAAGAUCGAACAUCUAACCCACUCAACGGAUGUGUUGUUGACCGCGGAGUAACCCGCCCUAUCUAUUGGGAUUUCUACCUGCAGGCUCAAGCUCCUCUACAGGGUUCCGCUCGACCGGCUCACUACAUUGUCAUUCACGAUGAGAUUUUCACCAACCCGAAGGUCAAUACGGACCGCAAGCCUGCUGACGUGCUGCAAGAACUUACUCACAACAUCUGCUACGUGAUGGGCCGGGCUACUCGCUCGAUCAGUUACAGCACUCCUGCCUUCUUGGCUGAUAAGUUCUGUGAUCGUGCCCGGAAGUAUCUGUUGGCUCACUACCAUGAGAACAAUCAGCAGAUCCAUGACGAUGACAAAUUCCGAGGUACUACUCUGUCGAUGGCGAGCGCAUGCCUGAACAGUAUGGUCUACAUCUAA